AUGUCACAAAUCAACUACCGCACAAUCAACAUCGAUGUGCUCGACCCCGAGUCAUCCAGCAACUUCCCCAUGGACACACUUCUCCCUCCCACUCUUCCCGAGCCCACGACAUCCAGCGGCGCCGCCAACGUCGCAAACCAAGUCCGCCAGUUGCUCCGCGGCGGUGAUGCCGAGGGGGCGCUGCGAUACGUUCUCGACACGGCGCCGUUGGGCGGAGACGACCGUGCCAAGGAGGUGCACAUGGCUUCUGUCGUGGAUGUUCUGCAGGGAAUUCGUCAGGGAGAGAUGGCAAGAGUGCUGGAGGGUGUGUGUGGUGGAGAAGGUGGUGCAGAGCGGGCGGACUGCUUGAUGAAGUAUAUCUACAAGGGAAUGGCCUCCUCUGCUUCGAGUAGCGGUUCGCAGUCGCCCCGCAAGUCGGUGUCGCCGCAGAAUACCGGAUUCUCCCAGAUCCAGUCCCGGAAUAUGAACGAGGGAGGAAGCGGUUCGCAAAUGAGUGUUUUGCUGAGCUGGCAUGAGAAGUUGGUCGACCUUACCGGCACUGGGUCGAUUGUUCGUGUGAUGACGGACCGGAGGACAGUCUAA